AACCCCAGUCAAUUGCUUCGGCUCCCUUACCCUCUUGCUAUGAUAAUCCCAAGUGAUGAUUUUGGGACAGUUUUUUUUUUUUGGUGGCCAUUCUCUUCGUUUGAUUGCCUGCCUCCUAAGAACCCCUGAUUGUCAAGGAGAGAGAAGACCGACGGAAGAAGAAGGAAGUAUUUUUCUGCCUGCUGCGCGCGUCCAUUAUUGAACUGGUUUCGUAUCAGCCGUUUCAACGAAGCAAUAUGGUCGAAUUUCCUUUUACUCUGCCCCAUGAUUUUCUGUCCAGUGCCGGCUAUGUUAGUCAGAUCAAAGGAUAUCACUGGGUGGCGUCUGUCGUUUCUGGGAUCGUAGUCUGCAUAACUGUUUACAAAUUAACAGGUAUUAUUAGCCUCCUAUGCUUCAAGGGAUAUGGAAAACUAAGCAGUGCGCAAAAAGUUGAAUGGAAAAACCGGGGAUUCUCGACAUUCCAUGCUCUUGUAGUGGCGUUUGUUUCUCUCUACCUCCUAUUGUUAUCAGAUACUUUCGCUGAGAACUCUCAUGGUGACUUAAUAGUUAGUAGGACAUCUACCUUAUCAGAUACGUUAUUGGGGUUCUCCAUUGGCUAUUUUCUAUCAGACUUGGGAAUGAUUCUACGGCACUUUCCAGCUCUGGGUGGUCUGGAGUAUGUUUUACACCAUGGGUUAUCGAUGUUUUCAAUCUUUCUCGCCCUCAUAAGUGGUCAAGCGCAGUUUUACACACUAAUGGUUCUCUUCUCUGAGAGCACUACUCCUUUCGUAAAUCUGAGAUGGUAUUUGGAUAUUGCUGGUCAGAAGGACUCCAAUCUUUACAUUCAUAAUGGCGUUGCAUUGUUCCUGGGGUGGUUGGUUGCAAGGAUUCUUUUGUUCAUCUUCUUUAUUUCGCACAUGUUCAUCCAUUUUGAUCAGGUCAAGAAAGUUUUUCCCUUAGGCUUCUACAGCUUGCUUGUGGUGCCUCCAGUGUUGGCAACGAUGAACUUGUAUUGGUUUUGGAAGAUCUCCAAGGGUUUGAUUAGAACUCUUUCCAAAGCAAGACACAGUCAAUGAGCAGGCGAUUUGCCUUAAUGUGCCUACAUAAAUGUCUACUUUUUUGCUCUAUCCAAUGAUUGGAAUUAGAUGCUCUCUCUCUCUCUCUCUCUCUCUCUCUCUCUCUCUCUCUCUCUCUCUCUCUCUCUCUCUCUCUCUCUCUCUCUCUCUCUCUCUCUCUCUCUCUCUCUCUCUCUCUCUCUCUCUCUCUGUGUAUAUAUAUAAUCCAAAUUUAGUUGUGAAUUGAAUUAGUUAAAAGAAAGCGAAUUCAAAGAUGAAUGUUUGUUUAUGACAUUUGAUAAUAUCUAUCAGUGCACAAAAUUGUAGGAGUCUCA